AUGCAGCACCAUGGGAAGCUUUUCAUGCUUGAUGUGCUUCUUGGGAACUGGUUUCAGCAGGUGAAGCAAGUCGGUGUCCAAACUCUGCGCAAGCUGUUGCUCCUCGCAGCUGUCCGCAAGUCUACAUCUGGCCAAGCAUGCAGUCAGGACGAGAAAAUGUACAGCUAA